UCAUUAAGCAGAAAGGAAAAAGACAAACAACAACCAGAACUCCCCAGAAAAUACCUGAAGAAUCCCUCACGAACCUAUAAAUUCGCUAUCGCACUCUUUCUUCCCAAACCAGUCAGAAUUAGCAAGUGUCAUUGUAAGCUUUUUCAAGAAACAACCACUUCAAAAGUUUUCUCUGUACCAUAGCUCUUAAUUAAGAUGUCACUAAUUCCAAGCUUCUUUGGUAGCCACCGAAGCAACAUAUUGGAUCCAUUCUCACUCGAGAUUUGGGACCCAUUUAAGGAUUUGCCAUUCUCAUCUGAGCCUCAGUUUGCAAGAGAAACUUCUGCUUUGGUUAACACCCGUGUGGAUUGGAAGGAGACCCCAGAAGCCCAUGUGUUCAGAGCUGAUCUUCCUGGGCUCAACAAAGAGGAAGUGAAGGUUGAAGUUGAAGAUGACAGAGUGCUGCAAAUAAGCGGAGAGAGGAAAGUGGAGAAGGAAGAGAAGAAAGACACGUGGCAUAGAUUGGAGCGUAGCAGUGGCAAGUUCUUGAGGAGGUUUAGGCUUCCUGAGAAUGCUAAGAUGGAUCAGAUCAAGGCUGCAAUGGAGAAUGGUGUUCUCACUGUGACAGUCCCUAAGGUGGAGGCGAAGAAGCCUGAUGUCAAGGCCAUUGAGAUUUCUGGCUAAAUUGUGAUUUUGGUCCCUCUGUACCAUAAUAAUUAGAAUAUACUAUGGCUUUAAAUUGUGAUUGCAGAUAAUAAAUUUAGUACAUGUAUGUUUUUUUUUUAAAUAAUUGUCAUGAUUUUCCCCCAAGUAUACGCUGUAUGGGGAGUAUGUAAAAGCUUGUAAAGUUUUGAAAGUUCAAAGGAAUGCAAAAGCAGAGUGCUUGAUAUUGCUGCUUA